UUUACAUUCAUAGGCUUUAUUGAUUUAUCAUUUAAUUUUAUAUCAAAGUGCACUUGAAAUAAACUUCACAAAAAUAUUUUGGUCCAGUUAUUUUUGGCCUGCACUUUGAUAAGGUAUACUAACAUACAAUGGCCAGCCUGUUUUCUUUGCUUUAAAAGUUUCUUUGUGCACGAUUCCUUAUACACGGGCCUCAUGCUCUAACUUUACUUAGAUGAAACAAGUGUUAAUUUCACAAGUGGUUUAAUAUCUCUUCAUAGAUUAAUAGUUUAGACUACAUAAAAAUAAGUUGAUUGGCAGUAUAAAUGUGGACAAUCUUAGUUGACAAUCUUGUUGGGAGAGUAAAAAUGAUAAAUAAGACGGCUAAGAAAAUCUUUUCUCAGAGAUGCUUUACCAAAGAAAGGAGAGAUAAUGACUCCAGAUAAUGAUUUUUAAAGGGAAUGUCCACAAAUGUGUUACAUUGAAAUAAGGUUAAGGAUCUGAAUUCAAGUGUGUGCCUGGGUUACUUUACUAUCUUACUCUUGAACUGAUAUAAAAUCUGUAACUUUUAUUCUGGGGCUCCAUCUAUUUGUUAUAGUGGUUUAUUAUAGUGGGUUUGCUUAAAAUUGUGAUUUAAUAACAAGUCAGAAAUAUGACUUAGCCUAUUUUACAGCAAGUGCUUUACAAAAUUUUGAUUUAAACCUGGUAUACACAGUGGGCUAAACUAAUGACACAGUUCACAGACGUCAUACCUGAAAAUCAAUCUGAUUAUCUUAUUAGCCACGACGGAUACAUUUUUUACUUAGAGGUAAAGGUAAGCUUCACUUUAAAAGUUAUAGUAUGUAUUUUACAGUUGUAACAUAAUGAAAAUUUUCCAGACUUAGAAAAUAUAUCCAAAUAUUAACAUUUGCGAGGCAAUUUAGUUUCCAAAGAGCUUUUCCCAUUAAUUAUCUCAGAAAACUGAAUAAUGAUGUGAUUAUUAAAGGUUAAUUAAGCAAAUACUUGUGAAGUAAUUGGGAGGUAAUCUAUUUGUAAUUUAACAGGUCAAUCAGGGGUAUUUAGGAAAUAUUUUUUAUGGUUAACAACGUUAACCAAAACAAAAAGAUAUUUAAAUUGUUUCCCUAGUGGAAAACAAUAAGCGUGUUUGCCCUUUUAAGAGUCAAUUGUUUUAAAGAACUGGGAUGAGGGUUCCUAAUUCCACCGUUUUGAUGAUUUAAGAGGUUUGAUGAAGGGAAGCUUUAUAUUGUGUAUUUUGGCACUUCAGAAUAAAAUAUCUGAAAAAGGCACAGAGGGAUGUGGAAGUCAGAGAAGCAGCUAUUCUUGUGGAAAGCUACACAUUUUGGUUAUUGACUAUACAGUGAAUAAAAACUAACUCAGCGUUAACAAUCAAAACGUGAUUCUCCAAGUGCAUAACUAUACAAAAAAUUUUUCUUAAAAUAUUUUCCAUGGGUGCAGCUUAUGAAAUUAUCGGUAUCCUCAUCUGCACUGUAACUAACUACAAGCUGCUUUCUGCCAACUUUGGGUAGCCUGGGUGCUGUCUCACGAUUACCAAGUGGCUUAAAAAUCACAUCCCUCUUGCUCCCCGGUUUUCCGGCGAAAGACGUGAUUUCCAGGUACGAAAAUGCGAAGUGCCCGGCAAAGGUGGAGGUAAAAAGAUUUCAGUUACAGUCAGAGGGUCAGCCGGGGAGUCCUGGGGCUCGCCCGGGCCCCCGCACGAGCUGGAGGAAUGGACACCGAGCACCUUUGUCUGUGCCCGGCUUCCCUGGACCCGGGCCGAGUGACGCGGGUGGGACGCGAGCCCCGGCACUGUCCGGGGGAAGCGCGCGGGGAGGGCGGCCCGGCUGGGAAGCGGGAGGUCAGCGGCGGCGCGACGGCCUCUUCCCACGGGAGCCGCGCCAGAUCCCUGCCAGAGCCGGGCGGGAUCACUAUUGUUUUUGGCGAGCACAUUAAUCCCCGCGCCGACCCUCGCGCACCCAGGUUUCCUCCCGGAGGCCAUUCGGUUUCCUCUGAGGCCCUAUAUAGAGGCCCCGGGCCCGGGCUGCGGAGAGAGGUGCGCGUCCGCUCCGGCCUCCCGGUCUCGCAGCGCCUGUCGCCCUCGGGUCUCUGCAACCGGAGGCGUCCGGGAGGAGGGAGGCGCCCCCGAGUCUCCCCUCCAGCAAGAGGGGCCGCGCGGGCCGGGCUGGGCCGGGCUGGAGCAGCGGCGGCGGCCGCCAGAGCCGAGCCUGCAGCGAGGGACCGACUGAGGCGCGCGGGAGGGAAGGAGGCGACGGCUCCGCGGCGCUCCGCCGCCGCCGCUCGCGGGCAAGAGAUGGCGGCGGAGCGGGGAGCCCGGCGACUCCUCAGUACCUCCUCCUUCUGGCUCUGCUGCCUGCUGCUGUUGCUCGGGCGCCGGGCGCCGGGCGCCGCGGCCGCCAGGAGCGGCUUCCCGCCGCAGUCCCCAGGAUCCAGCAUUCGAACUUUCACUCCAUUUUAUUUUCUGGUGGAGCCAAUGGAUACACUCUCAAUUAGAGGCUCUUCUGUUAUAUUAAACUGUUCAGCAUAUUCUGACCCUUCGCCAAAAAUUGAAUGGAAGAAAGAUGGGACUUUUUUAAACUUAGUAUCAGAUGAUCGUCGCCAGCUUCUCCCAGAUGGGUCUUUAUUCAUCAGCAACGUGGUGCAUUCCAAACACAACAAACCUGAUGAGGGGUAUUAUCAGUGUGUGGCCACUGUGGAGAGUCUGGGAACUAUUGUCAGCAGAACAGCCAAGCUCAUGGUAGCAGGUCUUCCCAGAUUUGCCAGCCAACCAGAGCCUUCUUCAGUUUAUGCUGGAAACAGUGCAAUUCUGAACUGUGAAGUGAAUGCCGAUUUGGUCCCAUUUGUGCGGUGGGAACAGAACAGGCAGCCCCUUCUCCUGGACGAUAGAGUUACCAAACUUCCAAGUGGAGCGCUGGUUAUCAGCAAUGCGACUGAAGCAGAUGGAGGCCUUUAUCGCUGUGUAGUUGAAAGUGGUGGGCCACCGAAGUAUAGUGAUGAAGCUGAAUUAAAAGUUCUUCCAGAUCCUGGGAUCACAUCAAACUUGGUGUUUUUGAAACAACCGUCUUCCUUAGUCAGAGUCAUUGGUCAGAGUGCAGUAUUGCCAUGUGUUGCUUCGGGACUUCCUGUUCCAACCAUUAAAUGGAUGAAAAAUGAGGAGGCGCUUGAAACAGAAAGCUCUGAAAGAUUGGUAUUGCUGGCAGGUGGUAGCCUGGAGAUCAGUGACGUCACUGAGUAUGAUGCCGGGACUUAUUUUUGUAGAGCUGAUAAUGGAAAUGACACAAUUGAGGCUCAAGCAGAGCUUACAGUGCAAGCCCAACCUGAAUUCCUGAAGCGGCCUACUAAUAUAUAUGCUCAUGAAUCUAUGGAUAUUGUCUUUGAAUGUGAAGUGACUGGGAAACCAACGCCAACUGUGAAGUGGGUCAAGAAUGGGGAUAUGGUUAUUCCAAGUGAUUACUUUAAGAUUGUAAAGGAACAUAAUCUUCAAGUUUUGGGUCUGGUGAAAUCAGAUGAAGGGUUCUAUCAAUGCAUUGCUGAGAAUGAUGUUGGAAAUGCACAAGCUGGAGCCCAGCUGAUAAUACUUGAACAUGCACCAGCCACCACGGGACCUCUGCCUUCGGCUCCGCGGGACGUCGUGGCCUCCCUGGUCUCUACCCGCUUCAUCAAACUGACGUGGCGGACGCCUGCCUCAGAUCCUCAUGGCGACAACCUCACCUACUCUGUCUUCUACACCAAGGAGGGUAUGGCUAGGGAACGUGUGGAGAACACCAGUCACCCAGGAGAAAUGCAGGUGACCAUUCAGAACCUAAUGCCUGCAACAGUGUAUGUCUUCAGAGUCAUGGCUCAGAAUAAGCAUGGCUCUGGGGAGAGCUCAGCGCCACUUCGCGUGGAAACACAGCCUGAGGUUCAGCUCCCUGGCCCAGCACCUAACAUCCGAGCAUAUGCAGCUUCACCGACUUCCAUCACUGUCACCUGGGAAACACCAUUGUCCGGCAAUGGGGAAAUUCAGAAUUAUAAAUUGUACUACAUGGAAAAAGGGACUGAUAAAGAACAGGAUGUUGACGUUUCAAGUCACUCUCACACCAUUACUGGGUUGAAAAAAUACACAGAGUAUAGUUUCCGAGUGGUGGCCUACAAUAAACAUGGUCCUGGGGUCUCCACACAAGAUGUUGCUGUUCAGACCUUGUCAGAUGCUCCCAGUGCUGCUCCUCAGAAUCUGUCCUUAGAAGUAAGAAAUUCAAAGAGUAUUCUGAUUCACUGGCAGCCACCUCCACCAGCCACACAAAAUGGGCAGAUCACUGGCUACAAAAUUCGCUACCGAAAGGCCUCCCGAAAGAGUGAUGUCACUGAGACCUUGGUAACUGGGACACAGCUGUCUCAGCUGAUUGAAGGUCUGGAUCGGGGGACUGAAUAUAACUUUCGGCUGGCUGCUCUGACCGUCAAUGGCACAGGCCCGGCUACUGACUGGCUGUCUGCUGAAACUUUUGAAAGUGACUUAGACGAAACUCGUGUCCCUGAAGUGCCUAGUUCUCUUCACGUCCGCCCACUUGUCACCAGCAUCGUAGUGAGCUGGACGCCUCCGGAGAACCAGAACAUUGUGGUCAGAGGCUAUGCCAUUGGCUAUGGCAUUGGCAGCCCACAUGCCCAGACCAUCAAAGUGGACUAUAAACAGCGCUACUACACCAUCGAAAACCUGGAUCCCAGCUCUCACUAUGUGAUUACCCUGAAAGCGUUUAACAACGUGGGUGAAGGCAUCCCGCUGUACGAGAGUGCCGUGACCAGACCGCACACAGACACUUCUGAAGUUGAUUUAUUUGUUAUUAAUGCUCCAUACACUCCAGUGCCAGAUCCCACUCCCAUGAUGCCUCCCGUGGGAGUCCAGGCUUCCAUUCUGAGCCAUGACACCAUAAGGAUCACAUGGGCGGACAACUCGCUGCCCAAACACCAGAAGAUCACAGACUCCCGGUACUACACAGUGCGAUGGAAAACUAACAUCCCCGCGAACACCAAGUACAAGAAUGCAAACGCCACGACUUUGAGUUAUCUGGUGACGGGUUUAAAACCAAAUACGCUCUAUGAAUUCUCUGUGAUGGUGACCAAGGGUCGAAGAUCAAGCACGUGGAGUAUGACCGCCCAUGGGACCACCUUUGAAUUAGUUCCUACUUCUCCACCCAAGGAUGUGACAGUCGUGAGUAAAGAGGGGAAGCCGAGGACCAUAAUUGUAAAUUGGCAGCCUCCCUCUGAAGCCAAUGGCAAAAUCACAGGUUACAUCAUAUAUUACAGCACGGAUGUGAAUGCAGAGAUACAUGACUGGGUUAUUGAGCCAGUUGUGGGAAACAGGCUGACUCACCAGAUCCAGGAGCUGACGCUCGACACCCCAUACUACUUCAAGAUCCAGGCCCGGAACUCAAAGGGCAUGGGUCCCAUGUCUGAGGCUGUCCAGUUCAGGACUCCUAAAGCGGACUCCUCUGAUAAAAUGCCUAAUGAUCAAGCCUCAGGGUCUUCAGGAAAAGGAAGCCGGCUACCAGACCUGGGAUCUGACUACAAACCUCCAAUGAGCGGCAGUAACAGCCCCCAUGGGAGCCCCACGUCUCCGCUAGACAGUAACAUGCUGCUGGUCAUCAUCGUCUCGGUGGGGGUCAUCACCAUCGUGGUGGUCGUCGUCAUCGCUGUCUUCUGUACCAGGCGCACCACCUCUCACCAGAAAAAAAAACGAGCUGCUUGUAAAUCAGUGAACGGCUCCCACAAGUACAAAGGGAACUCCAAAGAUGUCAAACCCCCGGACCUCUGGAUCCAUCAUGAGAGGCUGGAGCUGAAACCCAUCGAUAAAUCUCCAGACCCAAACCCCAUCAUGACCGAUACUCCAAUUCCUCGUAACUCCCAAGACAUCACACCAGUUGACAAUUCCAUGGACAGCAACAUUCAUCAAAGGCGGAAUUCCUACAGAGGGCACGAAUCAGAGGACAGCAUGUCUACACUGGCUGGAAGGAGAGGAAUGAGACCCAAAAUGAUGAUGCCCUUCGACUCCCAGCCGCCCCAGCCUGUGAUUAGUGCCCAUCCCAUCCAUUCCCUCGAUAACCCUCACCAUCAUUUCCACUCCAGCAGCCUCGCUUCUCCAGCUCGCAGUCAUCUCUACCACCCGGGCAGCCCAUGGCCCGUUGGCACAUCCAUGUCCCUUUCAGACAGGGCCAAUUCCACAGAGUCCGUCCGCAAUACCCCCAGCACCGACACCAUGCCAGCCUCCUCGUCCCAGACAUGCUGUACCGACCACCAGGACCCAGAAGGGGCUACCAGCUCCUCAUACUUGGCCAGCUCCCAAGAGGAAGACUCGGGCCAGAGCCUCCCCACAGCGCACGUGCGCCCCUCCCACCCCCUCAAGAGCUUUGCUGUGCCGGCCGUCCCGCCCCCGGGACCUCCCUCCUACGACCCCGCGCUGCCCAGCACGCCGUUACUGUCCCAGCAAGCUCUGAACCAUCACAUUCACUCAGUGAAGACGGCCUCCAUCGGGACUCUAGGAAGGAGCCGGCCUCCUAUGCCAGUGGUGGUUCCCAGUGCACCUGAAGUGCAGGAGACCACAAGGAUGCUGGAAGACUCCGAGAGUAGCUAUGAACCAGAUGAGCUGACCAAAGAGAUGGCCCACCUGGAAGGACUAAUGAAGGACCUAAAUGCCAUCACGACAGCAUGAUGACCUUCAGCAGGACAUGACCCUAGACCUGAGUCUGGGACUGAGCCUUGAAAACAAGGAAUUGUACAGAGGACGAGAGGACAGCACUUGAGAGCACGCAGUGAGCACGCAGACCAGCCAUGCCCCCGCGUGGGGCUGGCUCCAGGCAUGGCCACCUGCCUCUCCUGCUCGGCCCGGACGAAUCCCGGGUCCAGGCAGCUUCCCUUUGCCCGCUGAGACCCUGCAGGACUGGGCACCAAGGGCCAAAAUGCCGUGUCCAGGGAAGAGGCAAGAAGAACAACCUGCAUUUCCCUUGUGGUCAGGCUGUGUCCGUGCUGCGGCUGCAUCGCCUUUACGGCGCAUCAUCGGCAUUCACGUACAACUUUGUGUCCUGUUCUGCUUUACCUUUUUCCCAAGAAAAACACCAUCAAAACCAAGGAAGUCGGUGAUGUUCUCCACACGUGGUUGGCGUUCGACUGCUUGUUUGAGUUAUGCACGGAAAGUCGCCGACGUAUGGGUUGUCCAGGGCGUGGCUUGUUUUUUGUUUCUGUUCUUAUUUUUUAAUUCUGAGUCAUUGCAUCUACCAGCUGUUAACCCAUCACUUUGAGGGGGGAAGAAACGUUGCAUUGCUGUUCGUAAGCUUUUUUAUUAUUUUUUUAUUAUAAUUAUUAAAGGCCUGACUUUCUCCUCUCAUCACUGUGAGAUUACAGAGCUAUUUGAAUGGUAUGUAACAUUGAAAA